GUAACUUUGAACGUGGAGGGGAGUGAGAGAUGAACCAUAGCAGGGUGUCGAUGAUGAUUUCGUACUCCAAACGUGUAACAUUAUUACUGUGGCUGUGGGUACCCCUUGUUAUUACCGAAUGGUUACUGCAUCGAUUUACAAUAUACAUGAAUCCAUCCAAAUGAAAAAAAGCAGCAGCAGUGGAUUACCAAUCUUCAUCUUCUUCGUCGUCAUCUUAUAAAAGUGGAAUCGCCUGAAGCUUCUCUCAGUUAUCCUUUCACCUUCACCCUUCCUACAGAAUAUUUUCAUUUCCGUCCAUCUCUUAAUAAAACAUACAAUCACAAUAAAACAUAACUGGUAAUAUAUACAUAUAUAUAAUAUAAUCUUGGUUGUUCUCACCACGUUCUCAAUCCUCAGAAUCAAGAACAAUAAGAUAAUCAGCAAAGCUGGAUUGCUUACAUUGAGGCAUUGACUUAUUAAACAACGUUUUUUCUUCUUCUUCUUUUUUUAACUGUUUAUCUACAGUCUGUAAGUUAUAUACUAUAUAUGAGUCACAUGGCCCAAUCUUCUUGUUAUUUAUAUGGAUCCUCCUCCUCUAUCUUCUCAUCAUCUUCAAAGUCCAAAUAUAAUAUUUUCCAAUCUAUAAACAAUAACACCUCAUCACCACCGCAUCAACUACCCGGUUUCUUUCCUAUUUCUUCUUCAAACUCAUCCAAAUCAUUCAUUCCGUUUUCUUUUUCUUCCUCCUCUUUUGGUUCUGGAUCAAAACGAAGAAGAAGAAGAAGGAAGGAAAUAUUGCCACCGAUAAAUAUGGCUGGUUCACCAGGGAAGAACCAGUUCGCGUCAUCAGAUCAUCUCCGGCACGUCGAAUCUCUGUCUACUCUUCCAUCAGGUGCUGGAAAAAUCCCACACUUGAACGCCAUCAUUCUCAGGGAAGCUCUUGCUUCUGAAGAGAAUGAUUUGGUUUUCCCUAGUCAGAAAUUCUCCAGUCAAGCCCUCGUUUCUUCUCCCGCCCAGUAUUUGGAGAUGUAUAGAAAGUCAAUUCUGGAUCCUUCUGGAUUCUGGUCAGAAAUUGCUUCUGAAUUUUACUGGGAAAAGAAGUGGCCACAACAGCAACAAGUCUACACUGAGAAUCUAGAUGUCAGGAAAGGUGAUAUCAAGAUCGAGUGGUUUAAAGGUGGUAUGACCAACAUAUGCUACAAUGCACUAGAUCGAAACAUAGAUGCAGGGAAUGGUGAUAAAAUUGCUAUGUACUGGGAGGGUAAUGAAUUGAAUCACGAUGGGAGUUUAACCUACACUCAGUUGCUUCACAAAGUUUGCCAACUUGCAAAUUAUUUGAAAGAUAUCGGUGUUAGUAAGGGAGAUGCAGUUGUCAUUUAUUUACCAAUGCUCAUGGAAUUGCCUAUAGCAAUGCUGGCUUGUGCUCGAAUUGGUGCCAUUCACUCGGUUGUAUUUGCUGGGUUCUCUGCAGACUCGCUGUCCCAAAGAAUUGUGGACUGUAAACCAAAAGCUGUGAUAACUUGCAAUGCUGUUCGAAGGGGGUCUAAGGUCAUACAACUCAAAGAUAUUGUAGAUGCUGCACUUGUUGACUCAGCCAAAAACGGCUUCUCUGUAGGUGUCGUUUUGAAUUACGAAAAUGAAUCAGCCAUGAAGAGGGAAUGUACAAAAUGGACGGAAGGUAGAGAUAUCUGGUGGCAGGAUACGGUCCCAAAGUAUCCGACAACAUGCGAUGUGGUGUGGGUCGACGCUGAAGACCCAGUUUUCCUGUUGUAUACCAGUGGAAGCACAGGAAAGCCCAAGGGUGUUUUGCAUACAACUGGGGGUUACAUGAUAUACACGGCAACUACCUUCAAGUACGCCUUUGACUACAAGUCAUCGGAUAUAUACUGGUGUACUGCUGAUUGUGGUUGGAUUACGGGACACAGCUAUGUAACUUAUGGUCCUCUGCUAAAUGGAGCAACUGUUGUAGUUUUUGAAGGGGCACCAAAUUAUCCUAACGCUAGCCGUUGUUGGGACAUCGUUGAUAAAUAUAAAGUAUCAUUAUUCUACACUGCACCAACUCUGGUGCGAUCCCUCAUGCGGGAUGGUGAUGAGUUUGUUACUCGUUAUUCUCGCAAAUCGUUGCGAGUCCUUGGAAGCGUUGGAGAGCCUAUUAACCCAAGUGCUUGGAGGUGGUUCUUCAAUGUGGUUGGAGAUUCAAGAUGCCCUAUCUCAGAUACCUGGUGGCAAACUGAGACUGGGGGCUUCAUGAUUACACCCCUACCUGGUGCUUGGCCUCAAAAGCCUGGUUCUGCUACUUUUCCUUUUUUUGGAGUUCUGCCUGUAAUUGUUGAUGAGAAGGGAACUGAGAUUGAUGGUGAGUGUAGUGGAUAUCUUUGUGUGAAAAACUCAUGGCCAGGGGCAUUUCGUACUCUUUAUGGGGAUCAUGAUAGAUACGAAACAACAUACUUUAAGCCAUUUCCAGGUUAUUAUUUUACUGGUGAUGGUUGCAGCAGGGACAAAGAUGGCUAUCACUGGCUCACUGGAAGAGUUGAUGAUGUUAUCAAUGUCAGUGGGCACCGGAUUGGUACAGCGGAAGUUGAAUCUGCUUUGGUCUCACACCCCCAAUGUGCUGAAGCUGCUGUAGUUGGUGUUGAACAUGAGGUCAAAGGACAGGGUAUAUACGCCUUCGUCACACUAGUGGAGGGUGUCCCUUACAGUGAGGAACUCAAGAAAAGCCUCACACUAGCAGUUAGAAAACAGAUUGGUGCAUUUGCUGCCCCCGAUAAGAUUCAUUGGGCACCUGGACUCCCAAAAACAAGAAGUGGAAAAAUUAUGAGAAGGAUCCUUAGAAAAAUUGCUUCGAGGCAGUUGGAUGAACUUGGGGAUACAAGCACUCUUGCGGAUCCAUGUGUAGUCGAACAACUUAUAGCACUCAGUGAUCAGUAAUGAAUAUGAAACACUCAGUUUGAUUUUAGGCAGAUCGAUAGGCACUCUCUUUGAUCUUUACUCUGAUACUCAGUCCAACCUCAGAAAAUCUGUAAGGUUUUAUUUUUUCAAUGAGCUACGUCAAGUAAUUUAUUUAUAAGGGAAAUCUAUGUUCUUGUAUUUUUGUAUCUAUAGUUUUUCACAGAAUGAUGCUCUUAUUAUUAUCUAAACAAUUGUCAGAGGAUGAAACUUAAAGAAAUUAAAUUAAGCAGUUGAAUUCCGUCGUUGGAGGACUGGUUUUGAAUUUUGUAUUUGGUUAUAAACUUAAAAUUAUUCUUCA